GUGGGUGGUAUACAUGUAUGUGCUCAAUUGUUUUACUGUUACUAUGCUUAAUGUUUGUUGUAUAUGUAAUGUUAAAAGCCCUUCUAGGGACGGGCAUUGGAAAUGCUGUGAUGUUGUGCGUUGGAAAAUUGUUAUACAAUUCUCUAUGUUUAUAACAUCUGUCCCUAUCAAAUAAACCUAAAAAGAAAUCACAGGAAGGAGCUGCUCUGUAUAUAAACACUGAUUUAAAGUGGAGGAAGUAAAUCAUAAAAAGCACCAACACUAACCUGCACCUCCUCCCUCCCUUUAAACAAGUGGUUUAUUAGCACCAGACGGUGGCGGCGUGGGAAGCCAGUGGCUCGUUAGCCGUGUGUUGACAUGUUUGUGAUGUGGUGACUCUCACUCACCAGAUCAUCAGUCUGACACGACCGCUGGAUUCCUGGCUCGAACACGUAGACUUCGCCACGCUCUUCCGCUGCCUGACAGACGAGGAGGUGUUAUUGGUGUUUGCCGCCGCCGUCCUGGAGAGACGGAUCAUCUUCAUCGCUGAUGAAUUGGGCACGUUAUCCCAGAUCAUUCAUGCAGUAGCGGCCCUCCUUUAUCCCUUCACCUGGCAGCACACCCUCAUCUCCAUUGUUCCGGAGAUCCUCAUCGAUGUGGUGAUGGCGCCCACCCCCUACCUGCUGGGGGUCCAGAAACACCUGCUGGACCAGGUCACGGACCAGACUGAUCUGCUGGUGGUCGACUUGUCUGAGGCGAAGAAGGAGACCUUCAUCACUUCAAUCGGUGAUGAAAGCUCUAUUCUGCCGCCGAAGCUCCAAGCUGAAAUCCUCGAGGCUCUGACUACCAGACAGAAAGCAUCAACGGUGGAGGAGCUGAACCGGGUGGUGUCAGAAGCCUUCCUGUAUUUCUUUGUGAAAACAGUGGGCCAUUACUCUUCCUACGUGAAAUUCGGUGGUGCCGAGGGGCCCGUGUUCGAAAAGAGGAGCUUCUACAAGGCCAUCGAGUCCAAGACCACUCGACACUUUGUCAAGAAGUUCAUCGAGACGCAGAUGUUUGACCUGUUCAUCCAGGAGGUGGAGCAUCAGCAGCAAGGACCGCAGCAGGGAAUAUUUCACAAGAAGAUCGUUGAAUACCAGGAGAAGAAGAAGAAGAAAGACAAGGCGAAGAAACACUAGCUCUCAGCAUGGAAUCCUGGGUGUACAUAGGAAAAGAUGUGAAUGUUGCGUUGGGUGUUUGUUUUAAAAUAAUUAUGUACAAACAUGUGAAUUACUGUAUGGUUAUGUUGCUGCUACUCUGUGAAACACUGGCAGUUUCCCGUGAUGGUUGUCAGACUGAGGCCGAUGAGCAGGAAAAUCAUUUCAAAUAAAGACUAGUUUUUUAAGUCCA